CAAAUCCCCAGCCGACUCCCUGAAUCCGGAUUCAGGCUUGGGCGCCUGGUCUCACUUUAGGUCUCCUGUCUGCCAUUUCUGGCUGUCUGAGACUCCUGUGUCUACCUUCUCCGUCUCUAACCCUGUCCUCUGCCCGGUGCCCUCUCUGACUUUCCUCGCGCUGCUCUCCAGUGAUGAGGCAUGCCCCCUUCUCCCGGAUGGUGCUUCUGCGCUCCGUCUCUCGUGUGGAGCCGAUUGCUGUCACCAGCUGUGCGUCUGAAGAGCAUCACGACUUGGGCUCUCGACCCUCAUCCAAGUCCACCGCUCACCCUGGAGACCCAGGAUGGCUACUUUUCUCACCGGCCGAAAGAGAAGGUGCGAACAGACAGCAACAAUGAGAACUCCGUCCCCAAAGACUUUGAGAAUGUGGACAACAGCAACUUUGCACCCAGGACUCAAAAGCAAAAGCACCAGCCUGAGCUGGCAAAGAAGGCCCCUAGCAGACAGAAGGAGCUCUUGAAAAGGAAGCUGGAGGAGGAGAAGGGCAAGGGGCAUCCGUUCCCGGGCAAGGGCACCAACGAGGUGCCCCCUCCCAGUGACAAAGCCGCAGCCAACAGCAGCCGUGGGAAGGAUGUCCCAAGACAGCCCCAUGGCCGGAAAAGCGGGGGAAGCUCCUCUGAGAUCAAGUAUGACCAGCCCCCCAAGUGUGACAUCUCGGGCAAGGAGGCCAUCUCCGCCCUGUCCCGUGCCAAGUCCAAGCACUGCCGCCAGGAAAUCGGGGAGACCUACUGCCGCCACAAGCUGGGGCUGCUGAUGCCCAAGAAGGUGACUCGGUUCUGCCCCCUGGAAGGCAAAGCCAACAAGAACGUUCAGUGGGACGAGGACUCGGUGGAGUAUAUGCUGGCCAACCCAGUCAGAAUCGCCUUCGUCCUGGUGGUCCACGGCCGCGCCUCUCGCCAGCUGCAGCGCAUGUUCAAGGCCAUUUACCACAAAGACCAUUUCUACUACAUCCACGUGGACAAGCGCUCGAAUUACCUGCAUCGGCAAGUGCUCCGGUUCGCCCGACAGUAUGACAACGUCCGCGUCACGCCCUGGAGGAUGGCCACCAUCUGGGGCGGAGCCAGCCUGCUGUCCACAUACCUGCAGAGCAUGCGGGACCUCCUGGAGAUGACCGACUGGCCCUGGGACUUCUUCAUCAACCUCAGUGCAGCCGACUACCCCAUCAGGACCAAUGACCAGUUGGUGGCAUUUCUCUCCCGAUACCGAGACAUGAAUUUCCUGAAGUCACACGGCCGGGACAAUGCCAGGUUCAUCCGAAAACAGGGUCUGGACCGACUGUUCCUGGAGUGUGACGCCCACAUGUGGCGCCUGGGGGACCGGCGAAUCCCAGAGGGCAUUGCUGUGGACGGAGGCUCGGACUGGUUCCUGCUGAACCGGAAGUUUGUGGAGUAUGUGACAUUCUCCACAGAUGACCUGGUGACCAAAAUGAAGCAGUUUUACUCCUACACCCUGCUUCCUGCUGAGUCCUUCUUCCACACGGUCCUGGAGAACAGCCCCCACUGCGACACCAUGGUGGACAACAACCUGCGCAUCACCAACUGGAACCGCAAGCUGGGCUGCAAGUGCCAGUACAAGCACAUCGUGGACUGGUGCGGCUGCUCCCCCAACGACUUCAAGCCGCAGGACUUCCACCGCUUCCAGCAGACAGCCAGGCCCACCUUCUUCGCCCGAAAAUUCGAAGCCGUGGUGAACCAGGAAAUCAUCGGGCAGCUGGACUAUUACCUGUACGGGAACUACCCCGCGGGCACCCCGGGCCUCCGCUCCUACUGGGAGAACGUGUACGAUGAGCCGGACGGCACCCACAGCCUGAGCGACGUGGCCCUCACCUUGUACCACUCGUUCGCCCGCCUGGGCCUCCGACGGGCCGAGUCGUCGCUGCACGUGGACGGGGAGAACAGCUGCCGGUACUACCCCAUGGGCCACCCAGCGUCCGUCCACCUCUACUUCCUUGCCGACCGCUUCCAGGGCUUUCUGAUCAAGCAUCACGCUACCAAUCUGGCCGUGAGCAAACUUGAGACCCUGGAGACCUGGGUGAUGCCGAAGAAAGUCUUCAAGAUCGCAAGCCCGCCCAGCGACUUCGGGAGGCUCCAGUUUUCUGAGGUCGGCACCGACUGGGAUGCCAAGGAGCGGCUUUUCCGCAACUUUGGGGGUCUCCUGGGGCCCAUGGAUGAGCCGGUGGGCAUGCAGAAAUGGGGGAAGGGCCCCAAUGUCACCGUGACCGUCAUCUGGGUGGAUCCCGUCAACAUCAUCGCAGCCACCUACGACAUCCUGAUUGAGUCCACUGCCGAAUUCACGCACUACAAGCCCCCUCUGAACUUGCCCCUGAGGCCGGGGGUCUGGACAGUGAAAAUCCUUCACCACUGGGUGCCAGUUGCAGAGACCAAAUUCCUCGUGGCUCCUCUGACCUUCUCAAAUAGGCAGCCCAUCAAACCAGAGGCCGCCCUGAAGCUGCACAGCGGGCCCCUGCGCAACGCCUACAUGGAGCAGAGUUUCCAGAGCCUGAACCCCGUCCUCAGUCUGCCCGUCAGCCCCGCCCAGGUGGAGCAGGCACGGAGGAACGCGGCCAUGACCGGCGCGGGCCUGGAGCGCUGGCUGGACUCGCUGGCGAGACGGUCCGGCAGAGCAGGGUCCCAGGAGAAAGGCUGGCUCGGCUGUCCUGGUCCCAAGAUGGUGCUAACAAUAAAAGGAAGGAAUUUGGAGACCUCGACGGCUGCCCCCUUCGACCUCAGGAGGCCCAGCCGGCCCAGGCAGAGGGGACGGGUGACAGCUGAUUGCCCGCUCCGUCCACCUCCCACCACCAUCCGGGAAGCAGCAGCAUCCGGAAGCUUUGGUGGCAACCGCGUGAGCCCGAGGCUGCCCAUCUGUAGGCGGCAGAUGCCACAGAAACGGCUUCUAAAUGUCAUCUUUGAGAGACGCGCGCUCUCCCGUUGCCGCCGUGGGGGAAACGGAGGCUCGAAGGCUCGGGUGUUGACGCGGACGUGCCCUCCCCUCCCCCACCACGGCGUGGCGACUUGCGGUCCUUCGUUCAAGGGUAAAUCAGGAGAGUUUCUCUCUUCAUCCUUCCUGCCUGGAAAGUGAGAGCAUUAAAUAUUCCCAGCGGAUGGGUCGUGUUCUCGAAGGGAUCACACGUCCGCCUUCUGUCAUUCCAGGCUUUGUUGGAGGCCAAAGACAACCCUAGGGUUUCACAGGACAUUUACUGGAAUGGAGCGCAGCGUCCUUAGAGUCCGUCCGCAGUCUCUUUCCUUUGUAAGCUUACGUUGUCAAUGGCGUGCGUCUGGGUAUUUUUUUAGAGGCCUCAUGAUAAGUUAUUACUGUCCCCCGCAUUUUUUUUCAAAGACAUGUGGUGAUAUAGUUUUUAAAAAUAACUAUUUUGUUAUAGAUCAUGAUAUGCAUAAAACUGUACAGAAAUAUUUUGUAAUGUAUUGAUUUAAAAAAUCUGUAAAUACAGUUUAAAAAAAAUUCCAAUGGCCCACAACUGAAAGAUGUAGAUAUUUUGCUAUUUAUUUAAAGGAGUAUUUUAAGAGAUAUUGAACUAUCUGAAAUUGACCAGUUAUCAAAAUUCCAAUCAUCCGAACGCUUUUUUCCUCGACGUAGACAGUGAUUCUCGGAAAUGAUUGCACUACCCGCCCAUUUUUGCACCUUUUCUGUCUUUUCAUUUAGCAGAAAAAUAACAAGAAAAUUGUGCCUUAGCUGUAUUUUUUUGUCUAGGGAGUUUGUUUCUGUCUGACAAAGCAAAAUUUUUUGCAGAAAACCGUGGAUGUAUUAAAUACUGUAUCAUACCAAAAACACUGCAGGUGUAGAGAGAUGCUUUCUGUCAUACUGUGUUUUCAGAUGCAGAAUUUUAAAAUUAAAAAAAAAAAUACUGUCUUUA